AUGGACUUAUCUUUUAAUUGUCGGCUGUUUGCUUUUAUCUUAAUUGCUUUGGCAAUAUUCGCUGCAGACGAUUCGAAAUGGAACAAAAGAAAGUUGACCACAGUAUCAUGUGGAAAUAAUUGUUCCUACAUAAAAGCUGAAGGACAAAGUGACAUUCUUCACUAUUUGUUCAGUGGAAAACCUGCCAUGUCCAUUCUAUCCAUUAAAACAGACACUAAUGGAAAAUUACUUAUAAACACAAAAUUUUCACCUCCGCAGAUAAAAGUUGAUCCAGAUAAGAGUUUCUUAUAUGCUUUUGGAAUUGUCUUUGACAAACUGAUUGAAUAUAAUGAUUCCAAAAACACUGCCAACAUUGAAAAAUAUGACCCUGCAGAAUGGAAGAACUAUUCCACUGCCAUGGAAAUUGUCAGCAACAAACAGGAUAGUGUUGUCUUUUUCAAAAGCUACUCUACUGAUAAUGUACCAAGAAAUAUUACUUUUUCGUUCUGGAAUUUUGCUGAUAAUAGUCGCCAAGACAUCCUCCCCCAUUUGAUAGUCACAAGUAACUCUUCCUUAAUGAAUCUUGUAAUUAACAAUGUCAAACCCUCAUUUAGCACGUCAAGAUUUGCUCUUGCUGCAACUUACAUUUCUCACGGGAAUAGCAGGUUCAGUAUCAAAUCUGAAAAAUCUCUUGAUGAUGAAUAUUCACCUGGGACAUUUGAGGUUGCAAAUUGGUUGGCUGUCAGUAACAAUCACAAUAGCUUUUGGCAGUGGAAACCUGUCUCGUACUUUGGUACCCCUCGCAGUACCAUGACAUCAACAUAUGUGAAAAGUUACAAACUGAAUACCAAUUUUUCAAGAUUGCCCGAGAACCCGAGCCUUGCCUACAGCUUCUUUACAGAAAUGGGAGACUAUAAUAUGAGUAGCAAUAUUCUUUCCUUUGGUCUGACAGAUGAUAAAUUCUAUGACAGGAAUAACUACACAGCAUGGUCUGCUACAUUUGGAUAUGGAAUACCUCCUGCAGAAACAGUCUCUACACUGGCUAUAGCAAUUAUUUCAGUUGGACUUGGAAUCCCAGCCUUAUUAUUUGUUGGUGGUGGCAUUUAUCUGUGUCUAAAGCGAAGACGUAAUGACUAUGAACCAGUCUUUGGGACAAUUUCAUCAUAG